AUGAUGAGAUUUCUGAGAUCGUUGCUGCUUCAUCCGCUAGCCGCCCAGGCCGUGGCAUGGCAGACGGCCGAGGAGUCCGAGGUGAGGCAGCAUCUCGCAAGGAAUGAGUAUACCCUGGUGGCCUUUGUCGUGCCUGAGCUGAAGGAAAGUAAAGCUCUAUUACCGGAAUGGAAGACAAUUCACCGGAGUGACGUCGAAACUGUAGCAGUUAGCUGCACUGCAACUCCUGAUCUCUGCCAGGCAUUCGAUGUCGUUUCAUUCCCCACCAUCCGGCUUUACCGUCGAGAGCGGCCCAUGAUCCGAUACCGUGGAGCUCGAAAGGCUGCAUCUAUCAUCUCCUUCGUUGAUCGCACCAUCCGGCCAGUCAUAACAUCACUUAAUAACGACACUGUCGCCUCCUUCUCCUCCAUUGACGACAUAGUCUUCAUUGCUAAUCUGCGAGAGGAAGACGAGAGCGCCUUGGGAUUGUUUUCCAGGCUUGCUGAGGAACACCGCGAUCGAUAUUCCUUUGGCAAAAUGACUACUGCAGAAGGACAGAGCCAGGUUCACUGCUAUAAUAAUAUCGAGGGAUCUCCGCACAACACAGCCAGUCUGGACCGGGUUAGCCCUCUUGAGGAGCUCGUGUCUACAUGCACAGAGCCGCUGUUCCGAAAUAUAAACCGACACAGUUUUAUGGGUCCUUUCACUAAAUGGGCAUUUUUGCUGUACUACCUAAGCGAUGAUAAAGCCGAGCGCGCCGCAUUUAGGGAAAGCAUGCGGCCGAUAGCAAAAAUGUUUAAUGAGACCAUAAAAUUCCUGACGGUCAAUUCAGGGAAGUAUGCAUACCUACUUCCCGAUAUGGGUAUCCCGAACGACAAGGGGUUGGCAGCAUGUAACCCCGAUACGGGCGAAGCAUAUCCAUAUCAGGGCGAAAUCGGGCCAGACAACGUGAGCAGGUUCCUAAAGUCUGUGAUAGACAACGAAGUGAAGCCGUGGGAUAAGAAUUCAUUUGUACCUACACCGGUGCAAAAGGUUGAUGUGUAUGACGAGUAUGACGAGUAUGACGAGUAUGACGAGUAUGAUGAGUAUGACGAGCAUGACGAGCAUGACGAGCUUUAA